CCGCACCGCAUCAUUCUAUAAAUCGAAUGAACGAGAAUCAUGUUCAUCAACCCUCUCCAACUCUACUAGCCAGUAGCCGCUUCACAUCCAAAAGCAUUAAAAAUGGGAAGCGCGUUGAUAUCGGGAGUAUGCUUCUUCCUACUGUUGUCACCAUUUCCACUUGCAUUCUCGGAGCGGUGCCACCCACAUGACAAAAAAGCACUGCUCCAACUGAAGAAAGACCUCAACAACCCUUAUAUCUUAGCCUCGUGGAACCCAAACGAGGAUUGUUGCGAGUGGUACUGCGUCAAGUGUGACGAGAAAACCAACCGCAUUUACGACCUCGACAUAUCGUCCUCUGUGCCAGACACCAACCUCUCAGGCCAAAUACCUCCCUCUGUGGGUGACCUUCCUUACUUGGAGUUCCUCACCUUCCAUAAGCUCCCCAACCUCGUCGGCCCAAUCCAGCCCACCAUCGCCAAACUCACCAAACUCAGGUCCCUCUUUAUCACCAACACAGGUAUCUCCGGCCCAGUACCUGAUUUUUUGGCCCAACUCAAGAGCCUCGAGUUGAUCAAACUAUCCUUUAACAGCCUCUCCGGCACUAUUCCCAGCACCCUAUACCAACUGCUCAAUCUCACCUCCCUACAGUUGGACCGGAACCAGCUCACGGGCCCAAUCCCGGGCUCAUUCGGAUCCUUCAAGAAGCCCGGCCCAGAUCUCACCCUCUCUCACAACCAGCUUUCAGGGCCCAUUCCCUCUUCCUUGGGGACCUUGGACCCCCAAAGGCUCGACUUGUCAAGGAACAAGCUCCAAGGCGAUGCCUCCGUGCUUUUCGGGAGCAAAAAAAGGACCCAGAUACUUGACCUUUCAAGAAACUUGUUCGAGUUUGAUCUUUCUCCCUUGAAGUUUCCACCCAAGAGCUUGAUAUGGCUGGAUCUCAAUCACAACAACAUUUAUGGGAACAUUCCUUUGGCCCUCACCAAAGUGGAAAACUUGCAGCAGUUCAACGUGAGCUAUAAUCAUCAGUUAAGUGGUAAGAUACCACAGGGUGGGGAAUUGCAAAGGUUCGAUAAGUAUUCUUAUUUUCACACUAAGUUGUGUGGCUCCCCACUUCCUCCCUGCAACAAUAAGCAGGUCAAUAUCUAAGCUGACUUCAUUAGACUAUUGUGAUUUGAAUAAAAUAAAUCUUCUGAUUUAGUAAAGAUGUCCAAUAACUGUUUUGUGAUA